GAGAAGACGGAGGCUUCCGGCGAGAAAGUUAGGAAUGAUAUGGUGGAAGGAAGGGUUUGUUCCUCCCGAGAGGAUACACUAAACUAUCUGAAGCACAAGAGGCUUCAGCGGAUGGGAUCUGGCACUGUGAAUGAUGCCACAUUUGUGUCUAACCUAAUGACUCGAAGCGGAGGAGAUGCUUUAAGAGGUUCUGCAUCUUCUGGUGAUAGAUUAUCCAGCACUCUAGAUUUAUGUGGUAGAGAUAAUAUGUCAAACCAAAAGUUUGACUUGAAUGAUCUUGACUGGACGGAUAAAGUUCCAGAGUGCCCUGUAUACUUUCCAAGUAAAGAAGAGUUUGAGGAUCCUUUGAUUUAUCUGCAAAAGAUCGCUCCAGAAGCUUCACGAUUUGGUAUAUGCAAGAUUGUUUCUCCUUUAAGUGGCAGUUAA